AUGAUCAGCUAGCCUACAGCAACAUUGGCUGGGCUGCAUACUGUGCGGGUUGCAGUCACAGCAAAACAUAGCCUCAUUCCGAUUACCGAGGCCAAAAAUAUCUACCAAACGUUAUUUAUCCUCAUAGACGUUUCCUUCGUCUUGAAACAUAUUUAUCGAUCACAUCCUCUGUUCUCACGGGUCAAUUACUGGCGUCUUCGGAUCGUACCGAACGAACCACGAGUGAAAGCAGCCACUAGUACUCCCUAGAAUGGCAAGGGAACUGUUGAAGUGGGCAUCGACAAGAUGGAGUUUAUCGAGAUGUCUUCUGUUUGCCAGGGUGUUCCAGGUGUCGGGUACGCUUGUUACCGCUGUGAUGAACGGUUUUCUUCUAGUAUACAUCCACGUUAAUCGCCUCGGUCUUACAGCCAGCAUGUUUUGCCUGGAAAUGAUGGUCUGCGCCGCGCUCAUCUAUUCAGGCAUUGUAUUGCUUCUCCAACAUUCAGGGACCGUUCACAGGAGAUCCAGCACUCAACUAACCACAACCCUCGUCGCCGGCGACGUGGUGUUGAAUGGAAUAAUGAUCGCCAUCAUGACUGUGCUAGCUCGUGCAGGACUUCCCACCAACUGCUAUGGGUUAACUCGGAGUGACAGUAAUACCCCAAACAUCCUCGCGGCUCAUAUUAUGAUACUCACAUACUUUGAAAUAGUGGAAGAGGGUGAUGCCCCUACUGAUCCGCCUAAGGGAUACGGCACGAUACGAUUUGGUGAUGGCCAUAUAAAGGGGGUCCUUGACAAAUAUUGUGGUCUAGAACAGAGUUUCUAUUUCAUUGCCGCAGUAUUAAUAUUCACUUAUAUGCUGACGGUAACUCUUGGGGUCCUACGGAUAUUUGAGCAGCGCUGGAAUCUUGGCCAGAACCAUCCCCUAUUUACCUCAACAGAUGAUAUCUAUCAGCUCGGCCACAUACGAUCUAAGAUCCAUAGCCCCAACCCUAGCAGAGACUUGGAAAAUGCGGAUUUGUCUAGAGAACGGGUACUUACACCACCUUCACGAACCGAUGCAUCAUUGCAGACCCGGAUAUUCAGGCCUUCUGAAGAUGUUCAUAGAAACCAGACAUUUCGCGAACAAGCACAGUCACAGCCGCUCCCCGUUUCACCUGUUUCUGCCGCAACAUCACCGAUAUCUCAAGUAUCGCCUAUCUCACCAGCCACGCAUCAUCAUAGAUCGUUUUUGAAUACGUCCCCUGGCAUGCUGGACACGUCGAUGGGAGGUUUAAUGAUAGAUCACUCCGCGGAGGCCAUGGUGACCGACGGAUAUCGACCCCGACUUCAAACCGGCAUGCAAUCGUUGCCCCCGUACUCGCCCGGACAGUCCAGGGGACAGUUUAUGGACGGACACGGCAACGAGUCUAACGAGAUGCGACUAAGCGAGUACGUCAAAGGCGAAACGCGAGCGCAACAUAUGAAGGACUCGGGAAUGGGUAUGUAGAAUAUGUCCUGAUAUUCAUGUUUCAUGUCCGAUUGGUAUGACGGGAGUAGGUACCUACCUAUAUAACGGGGCGGCAGGCAUUUUAUUUUAAUCUUCAUGAGCGACGGCGUACGGGUUCGGUCGUGUUCUCUCCGCUAAAUCUUCUCGUUGGUGGAGAGGUGCCUACAAUUUUCGGGCUUUCAUAUACCAUAAAAAUGAGUGCGUACCUGAUAUGGUUUGAUAUAAUUAUGUAUGAUACCCUAGGUAGACUGUAGAGAAAGAGGAAUUUAUUUUCAUAAUACUCCUUGCUG